UUCUCUCCAGCUUUAGCCUCUUCUUGGCUUCAGUCCGACAUACCACAAUUCUUUGCGCGCCUAGGUUCACACUGUUGACCAAAAUGGCGGACUCGGUGCCGGAAAUUGUAGAGGGCUGUCGUCUUCCCGUGCUCAGAAAAAAUCAAGAAAACGAAGACGAGUGGCCAUUGGCGGAAAUUCUCAGUGUCAAAGAGGUCCCUGGGAAAAAGCUCUACUAUGUUCACUACAUUGACUUCAACAAGCGGUUGGAUGAGUGGGUCACUCCAGACCGGCUGGACAUGAAAAAGCUCCAGUUCCCUAAGAAGGAGGCGAAGACACCCACGAAGAACGGCCUACCUGGAUCUCGGCCCAGCUCGCCAGAGCGAGAUGUGAGGAAGAGUCUAGAUCUCAACGUUCAAUCUGCUUCAGCACCUUCCAGAGGCAAAACCCUACCCACACCGAAGAGGAAAGCAGAGUCCGUCUCCUUAGCAUCGCAAGUUACUGCCGCGACAUCAGUGCCUUCACUUCCAAGUUCAACAGAGGUCUCACAGGCAUCUGUGUAUCCCACAGUCCGGGAACCUUUCAGUACCAAAUCCAGAGAUGAGCACGAGCCGAUCACCUCCCUCACCACGCAGAAUGGCACAGCGCGUCGUCUCAUUCCGUCUCAGCCUGGCAGGAAGAGGAAAAACUGUGGCACGGAUGAGAUGAUAAAGGUAUUCCAGUAUAACAGCCCUCGCAGCGCCAGUGGCUUUCUGCCGCCAGGAGAGGACUCGCAGGACAGCUCUGAUGGUAUCCCCUCUGCGCCACGCAUGACCGGGAGCCUGGUGUCCGACCGCAGCCAUGACGAUAUCAUCACGCGCAUGAAGAACAUCGACUGCAUUGAGCUGGGCCGCCAUCGACUCAAGCCCUGGUACUUUUCCCCGUACCCGCAGGAGCUGACCACGCUGCCCAUCCUCUACCUCUGCGAGUUCUGCCUCAAGUACCUCAAGAGCCUAAAGUGUCUGCAGAGACAUUUGACAAAAUGCAAUCUCCGACAUCCUCCUGGAAAUGAAAUAUACCGCAAAGGGACUAUCUCCUUCUUUGAGAUUGACGGUAGGAAAAACAAGUCAUAUUCACAGAACUUGUGUUUAUUGGCAAAAUGCUUUCUGGACCAUAAGACCCUGUACUACGACACAGAUCCCUUCCUCUUCUAUGUAAUGACUGAGUAUGACUCCAAGGGCUUCCAUAUAGUUGGCUACUUUUCUAAGGAAAAAGAAUCGACUGAGGAUUAUAACGUGGCCUGUAUUCUGACUUUACCACCAUAUCAGAGGAGAGGCUACGGCAAACUGCUGAUCGAGUUCAGUUAUGAGCUUUCUAAGGUUGAAGGUAAGACGGGAACCCCGGAGAAGCCCCUGUCUGAUCUGGGCCUGCUAUCUUACCGCUCUUAUUGGUCUCAGACUAUUCUCGAGAUCCUCAUGGACCUUAAAUCAGAUAAUGGAGAAAGACCACAAAUCACCAUCAAUGAAAUUAGUGAGAUAACCAGUGUAAAGAAAGAGGAUGUAAUAUCAACUCUACAGUAUCUCAACCUCAUCAAUUACUACAAGGGGCAGUACAUUCUCACGCUCUCGGAGGACAUCGUAGAUGGUCAUGAACGUGCCAUGCAAAAGCGACACCUUCGUAUCGACCCUAAAUGCCUGCAUUUUACCCCGAAAGACUGGAGCAAAAGGGGCAAGUGGUAGAGAUUUGUGACCUCUGGGACUAAAGCUUGGAGAACUGCAAGGUUUAAUAGACUAAACUGCAGGAGUAAAUUUACCGGCCCUGAUUCACUUUUUGUUCUAAUCAGAGAUGACUUAAAGACAAAAAAAAAAAAAUACAAAAAAAAAAUUGUUACUGCCCAUUAUUCUAGUGAUCGUACUUAUGUGAUCACCAUUCAUCAGAUUUGUCCUUGUGUACCCUUUUAUAAUUUUUCCUCAAAUUAGUGUUUGAGCAGAGAAAGUGGAUUUGCUGUUCUGAGGUGUUUCAGAUUCAUCCACCUUCUCACAGAUCGGUCCCAUCAUUUGUCCGUGCUUUGGGUCUUUAUGAAUUAAUUCACCGGGAAAAACACUUUCCCCCCUCCUAUGCACUCACAAGAGAGUGUCGAAUCAAAUGACUCAGUAACUUUUUUUCUUUCUUUCUUUUUUUUUUUUUUUUACCUUUACCAGCACAGCCACCUGUGGAUUCUACGCACAAGCAACGUCAAGCUAAAGCUAACCUGAUAUUUGUUUUUUUAGUAUUUGUACAUAACAUACACCGUUCUCUUCUUUUGUAAAGGAUGUUUUUAAACUUGCAUCUCUGUGUAGGGGAAUUUAAAAAAAAAAAAAAAACAACAACAAAAAAAAAAACUGCAUGGGGUGUCCGUAAAAAAUAAGCCAUGUCGAACUGUUACAAGAAUGUAAAUUUGGAUGCGUGUACAGCUGGGUUUUGUUUGUUUGUUUGUUUGUUUGUUUUUUUUAUAAUUUUUAUUUUUAUUUUAAAUGGUUAAAAAAAAAAACUGAAUGUAAACCGUGAAACACUCGUGGCAUAGUAUUUUAAUUUAAGGUAAAGUCUAUUUUCUGUAAAAUCUAGUCCAUGAUUAGAGAUCUGUAACAUGAAAGAUUUCUAUUCGUGUUUCUUCCCCGGUAAUAUUAACUAUAUUGAUUUACAAGGAGUUAUUCCUGAGCAGUUUUUUUUUAUGUCGUGUCAUCAGUGAAAUAUUUUGUUCUCACCUAUUUACACUUACACAGUUCACUCCCAUUGAAGUGUCAUGUAAAUUCUCUUUAUAGUCUUCAUUAAAUGCCACAAGGUGGAACCGCUUUUCA